AGCCCCCCGUGCGAUCGCCCGGUCGUUGCAAGUGCACGAGGCGUUGGGGGGACCGGACAAUAUAUAUCGCCAGCGAGGCCCGACCGCCCCGAGGAGUCCCCUCCCGACCUCCACCGAGUGCGGCUCACGACCCGCUGACCCCAUACCCAUAAAACCGCCGCCCUCGCCCCCCAGCCGCCGCCCGGCUGUCCUCAUUUUCCCUCGCUCGCCCGUCCAUCACAGCCCAUCCUCGGGAAUGGUCUAUAACUUGAUCUCUAGCCCAUGGGCCUUUGGCCUGCAAAAGCCCCAGCCAAACCCGCAGGGACUCUCAAAUUCCGACCCGCACCAGCCGUCCGGGCCCCGGCCAAGCCCCUUCAAGCUGUGGAAGGCCUCGCUGCAGAGAAUGAUCAAGACCGGCUUGCAUGUACCCACGAACUUUGGAUUUGGCUCGUCACGACCGAGCACAAGCCCAACCCUGGUCGACUGCGGCCUCUCAGAACCCUCCUUGCCGACACAGCCUUGCUAUGUCCUCUCGGAAGUCUACAACAUCGAGACCAAUGUUGGAUUCCCUGUCUACGUCCUCAGCAGCUCGCUUGCUGAGUGUCCCGAGCACAUGCCCGGCCACUCGAUGCGGCCACUCUCCAAGUACCCCGAGAUUGAUCUGGGCGACGACCACGUCGAUCCAGCCGCCUCAGUGCGUCUGGACCACGAAGCCGAUCUCACGGCCGAGGUCAUCAAGGAGUUCGAUAUGCAGUUCCCCCGGCGCGCUGCUCGCUCCAGAGCCUUGCCGCAUCCCGACGCCAUGCAACUCGACAUCCCCAGCAACGAUACCACGCCGCGGAUCACCCCCCAAGCAUCGCCCAUUCCGUCGCCCCCCUCACCUCCGUCGCCCCCCUCGCACGGUACCACCUGGCCUCAAGCACGGCGCACACUCCGUCGCAGAAGUACCCAUCCGCUGGACACCCGAAAGAGCACCCACGUUGUUCGAAGCGGCUACAGCCUCUUUGAUGAUUCGAAUGAGACUCUUGUUGGCGACAGCGACGAUGGCGACGAUUACGACGCGCUGUUCCAGAAACAGGACAUCUGCCACAACCCGCAGCGCCGCCCUUCGCUGUUGACUCUGCAACUUGAAGCGUCCAUGUCUUCGCUGAGCGAGCGUGACCGCCUCCUGGAGCGGAGACGCAUGAUCAAGGACCAGCGGCGCCGCGACCUUGAGGCCGAGGUGCUCCCGUCCAACAUCAAUCUAGCCUGUUUUGAUGUCAUCCUCUCCUCCGAAACGAGGGACUACACAAGCCGUCACGAUACCCUGCGAAGGGGUGUCUCUCUGGACUACCUAGCCGAAGGCGUGCGCGGCGCUCGAGCCAGCGGCCUACCUGGCACCCUGGUUGACCCCGAGUGGCGCAACCUCUCUCACCAGAUGCAGCGAGUCGGCAUCCACUACGAGAGAGCCAAAGAUCCGCCUCAUAGUGUUCCAGACUUUCACACCCCGAUUUGGUAAAGCCUGCUCUUCCUCUUCCUCCACUUCCUCUUCCCACCGUCACUGGAUGACCCUGUGGAUCUGCGCUAUCCCGCGGUGCGCUUUUCCUGUCUCCCAUUUGCCCGCCCUUGUUGUCUGGCUGUUGUCUGCGCUGUGUUGUGUGCUGUUUCUUGCUGUCUUUGCCUCGUCUGCCUCGACCGAAUGGGUUCCUCCCCUCCUUCUUCCUUGCACG